AAAAGGGCACGAAAAAGGGAAAAAGGGGCGAAUGAAGAAAAGCGUUAAAUAAAAAACCGGAGCGAUGGAUCACACUUUUUGAUAUUAGAUUGACACCUCAUCACCUCAGAGUGUACACAUUUUUUGGUGCUUCCUCCUCUGUCUCAAGCUGAGGCUGUUUCUGUUGAGCUAAAGAAAAAAAAAAACUAAAACAGAAAGAAAAGAACACAGUUUCUUUCAAGGUUGUUCCUUUUCGAUUCUUGUUACGUUUUUAUUUGUUGUGAUUGUUGCUGCAAUGAAGGGUGGUGGUGGGAAGAGAAAGGCUGCUACCUCGGAGGCUCCGAACGAUGUUGCUGCUGCUGCUGGUGGUGCUUCUGUUCCUUCUGAUGGUGCUGAUUUGGGUGUUGGAGACGGUGUUGGUGUGAAAGUUCAAAACUUUGAGGGAAACGAGGGUACCCAGUUGCGGAAAACUGAAGAAGAAAAAGAAGAGCCCAACGUGGAGGGUGAUGAUGAAGGAGAAGAAGAAGAAGAUUAUGCUGAGGGAGAGGAAGAAUAUGAAGAAGGAGAAAAUGGUGGUGCUGCUGUUGCUCAAGGGGGACGACAAGGUUUUCCUGUUCUUGGUGAGAAUUUCUUUGAGGUUCAGGCUAUUCGUCGUAAGAGGGUGCGCAAGGGUCAGGUGCAAUACUUAAUCAAAUGGAAUGGGUGGCCUGAGACAGCCAACACAUGGGAGCCUCCAGAAAAUCUAGAGUCUGUUCCUGAUGUUGUUGAAGCUUUUGAGGAGAGCUUGAAGUCAGGCAAACAUCGGAAGCGCAAACGCAAGCAUGUAGUGCAUCAUACUCAACCCAAGAAGCGGCUGGAGCGUUCUACCACUCCUUACAGCCUUCGGCGUUUUUCGACUGGUACAGCUGAGAACCAUACACAGUCAGCUCCUCCUCUUAUUGAUCCUAGCCUUCCUAAUAUUCCCGCCUUCCCUCGUACUGUGCUGUUUUCUGAUGAUGUGGGAAAUGGUGCUGAAGGCAGCAGUCUUAGAAAAGCCACACCCUCUAAUGCUAACAGGUCUGCAAAUGGUUCAGAACCAAAUAUUAAAAGGACUGAGGAAAAUGAUUAUGAUCCUGUGCUUAGUGAGCUUAAAACUAUGACUGCCAAUGGGAAUGAUACAGACAGGCUUGCAAUACGGAUUCCAGAAGCCAAGGGUUCUGGGCCUUCUGGCAGUAACGAUCAAAUGGAUGCUAAAUCAAAGGGGGUUUCCAUGGAAACAAAUGCAAGUGGCCGCUGCCGGGGAUCCAAAAGGAGAAAAUGUGGUUCCGUAAAGAGGUUCAAGAAAGAAUUAUAUGCUAAUGAGCCUGCUAAUACAGAAAAUCCAGUUGGCUUGCCUGUUAGUACAGCUGAGCCAGAACAAACAAGAGAUGCUGGUAGUGGUGGUAAUACUAAUCAUGCCAGACCUGCUAGCAAUAUUGUAAACAUUAUAAAGCCAGUAGGCUAUUCAGCUUCAGUAGCCAGUGGAACGCAGGAUGUUUUAGUAACCUUCGUGGCUUCAAAGUCUGAUGGAACAGAAGUGAUGGUUGACAACAAGUAUCUAAAAACAUUUAAUCCACUUCUUCUGAUCAAUUUCUAUGAGCAGCAUCUUCGCUACAGCCCUACAUUGUGACCAAACAGAGGAUAGAAGGUGCUUUUGAGUAUGUAGUUAGGUUCGCACCAUCGUAUUUAUUUAGUUGUGUUGAAGAAUGCCUUACUUUUGUAGAUGCAGAAGAUAGUAAAGGGUAAGAAAUGCAUUGUUUGUUAGUUACAUGUAGGUAUGACUUUUUAGCCAAUGGUUGUCGGUGUGGCUAUAUACUGUAAUGCAUGCUGAUGGCAUAAAGAACAAUAUAUUUUAAAUGCCUCAACACAUGAGGAUAGACAAUAGUUUCGUCAAGAGUUAGUUAGUCAAGAAAGAAAAACUAUUUUGGAUGAAUGUCAAUUUUUAUGGAAGUUCUUGGCUAUUCCUGGGCGAUUUGUGUUUGCCUAUUGUAUUUUGAAUACUGAUUGGUUGAUUGAUUGACAUGAUUCUAAAGGAAAAUCCACAAUUAACCGUUAAGGUGGAUGUAGAUUUUUUUUGGAUGAUGAAAUGCUAUGUUUCAUCCAGUUUUCAUCCCAACAUGAGAUGCAAGUUUGGUUGGAAAGUUUUAA